AAAGAAGAGAGAGAGAGAAAAAAAUCUUGAGAGAAUAUUAAGCAAAAAGGAAUCAGGACUUGAUGAUUUAGAAGAUUUUCAUCUUAUCCAGAUUGCACACGACACUAAAAUGAGCACAUUCAAUGUCAGGAAACUGUGCUCUGGAGAGAAGGCAAAGGGAGUGGCUGGACAAUCUUCUGCUAGUGCUUCUGAAGUAGCAAUAUUUCAGAGUAUCCAAUCACGCAAAGGACUCUUUGAAGAAUUUAGGUGUGUGACUUUUGGAUCUAAGCAGAAACCAGGAAGGAAGUUGGCAUUAUGAAGGAAAUAUCAAUGGAGGAGCAAAUGACAGGGAAAGGAAGAAAUAAAAUAAAUUAACUAGAAUUGCAAAUGAAAACUGCCUAAUAAUAUUACUUAGCUGAAAACACAUGCUUCCCCUUAAGAAAAAUGAAGAAUGAUUCUGAGAGCAGAGCUGCAGGACAAGAGGGCAGAAUCCUGAAGCCAGAAGGUGACACUGACAGCCACAGGAUUAUUUCAAGUCCUCAAAACCUAAUAGAACCUCACGUGCUGGAUUUCAAAAUUAUUUGGGUUAAUGAUUCCUUUUUUCAUUCUGUAUUCUCCCUCUUUGAACAGAAAUACCUCUAACAGGGAAACUAUGCCUGUCCUACCAGUGUGUUAUGAAAAGAGUAACAUGUGUUCUUAUUUUACAAGUCAAAGUAUGAACAGAAAUUUUGACCCAUAAUGGAUCAUACCCACAGUCACAACUGAUACAAGAUUUACAUGCACUUACAUAAUCCAGAUUAUGGCUAUUUAUGACCUACGACCCUGGUUGUCUACACCAGAGACAAUAACCAGCUGUCCACCUGGAUUGGAGUACUUGUAUCAGAUAAAUCAGUUAACAGUGUGCCAAUAUUUUGAUCCUCUGGGAGUCCUCAGAAAAUUUGAAACUAGUAAAACCUAUGAAAUCUUGAACAAUCAAGGACAGAUAAUUUAUUUUGCAGAAGAGAGAAAUAAUUGCUUCCUUCGACACCUUUGUGGAUUUUCAAGGCCUUUUACUAUUACAAUUUAUGAUAAUGUAGGUAGAGAUGUACUUGCUCUGCAUAAGGCUCUGAAAUGUAGCUGCUGCUGGAGUAGAUGCUGCCUACAAAAGCUAAAAGUUGAAGCUCCACCUGGUGAAACAAUUGGGUAUGUUUAUCAAUACUUUCACCCAUUCUUGCCAAAGUUCAAAAUAAAAAAUGAGAAUAAGGAGGAGGUAAUGAAAAUUAGAGGCCCAUGGUUGGUCUUCAGCUGUCUCAGGGAUCUAAAUUUUAAUUUAUUGACUGUGGAUGAGGAAAUGGUUAUUGGAAAGAUUUCAAAACAGUACUCUGGAUUUGUAAGGGGAAUAUUAACCAAUGGUGAGAAAUUUGGGAUCCAGUUUCCAUUUGAUCUUGAUGUUAAAAUUAAAGCACUGAUGCUUGGAGCAACUUUCCUCAUUGACUACAUGUAUUUUGAACUGUGGCCAUAAGAACUACCCUGAAAGAAUAUGUCAGAGGCCACUGGCAUUUAUUUUUGCCAGUCCUCCACAAAACUAAGCAACUUUAACUGAAAAUAUCUAAAUACAUUUUAUUUUACUAAAACUGUUCAUAUAUAUUCUUUCUGCAUAAUAAACUGUACCAAAAUUUUUUAACUUCAAAUAA